AUGUCAGACUCCUACGACGAUAUUCUCAACUCUCUCGACGAUGACAACAACUAUUACUCUAUCGACGGGGACAAUCUCUCCCCUUCUCUACAAGCCUGGUCCAACUCCAACGACAUUGAAGAACUCGACCUUGACAGUCUCAAUCUUUCAUCGGACUCAGAUUCAUCAUGGGUCGACCCUUUAGAAUCUGCCAUCACAGCAACCCGCAACGGGUCAGCCCCUAUCCUUAGUACUCUCUCCCAAUUUACCACGAUCCUCUCGCAGACCGGAGUUCAUGGUCCCCGUCUCCUUAAAGCAGGAAAUCUCUCCGCGCGAGCUACCAAAAUUGGCGCCGGCGCCCAGUUUACAGUCUUCGAAGAUCCAAUCUUUCAAGGAGAGGUUGUCAAGCGCGUCAAUGUUCCACUUACUAGUAGGGCUGGGCAACGCUUCGCAGCAAGCAAUGACUAUCGCCUUCAACUCAAGACACUAGAGCUAGAGAUUCUAUCUCUUUGCAAUCCUGUGCUGCGCGCACAUCCCAACAUUACUAGCCUUCUGGCAUGGGGCUUUGACUUCCCUUACGCAAAUUUGGCCGUGCCAGUCCUGUUUAUGGAGGCAGCGCUUAUGCCUUUAGGGGAUUUCCUUAGCGCGGAGAGCAGGUCAAUAGAAGUCAGAUACCAAUUCGCGCUAGAUAUAGCAAAUGGCUUGGAAGCGCUGCAUCAUCUCAAGAUCGUCCAUGGAGAUGUUAAACCAGACAACGUGCUUGUGUUUGCCGGCCAAAGUGAGAGUGUCCCUUUUCAAGCCAAGCUGAGCGACUUUGGCGUCUGUGUUGAUCUAGAGGCUCCGGAUGGAAAAUUCUCCUUGAGCGACUAUCGGGGCACGCCUGCCUGGCUUGCACCCGAGUUGAUAAGCGGAGACAUUUCCAAGUUUGGACAGUUCUCGCCGGAACUGAUGUUCCAGUUUGAUGCAUACAGUUUUGGUUUGGUGCUUUUGUCUAUAUUCACAGGAAAUGGACAGAUACCAAGUCUAGACAAGACUCCUGAGAAAGUCCCAGAUCAGGUUUCCAAGUUUCUGAACAGCCAAAAAGACAUUUCCUCAGAUAUGCGUAUGGAGUUGCGCAAGGGAAUUAUGAGUCUCCUCGCUGAGAAUCCCAGAGACAGAAAACUUCCCAGUCCAAGUUUGCUGAAAAUUGACAGCCCUGCCUAUGCAUCUUGGCUCGCAUCAAUCCAAUCAAGCUCUGCAGGAACACACGUUGGCAUCAUUGAUCCCAUCUACAAUAAGGGUCCUUUAUUCUGGUACAGACUUGAUGAGAGUAUUCGAAGUGAACUUGAGGCACAGUAUUUGCUCGGCAAAGACGGCAACGCUCCUCCCUUCGGAGGGAAUGUGCUCUUUGGAAUUGCACAGACAAUUACUGGCGCGAAACCUUCAUAUCUUGACAGAAUGCUGACUUAUCUGGGUGACGCAGCAAAGGCAGGGUUUUCACCUGCCCGAGCCAUAUAUGCGCAAAUCAUGAAGGCGCAUAAUCAGCCUUUAGAGUUCAGCGAAGAAGAGUUGAAAAAAUGGAUGUUGCAAGCUGUCUCCGAAGGGUAUUUCUUCGUGGAUUCCCGCUACAGUCAAAAGGAUAUUGAGAAAUCGAGAGAUCAAUUCAGGAGACAGGGUGGUUUCUGCUCAGACCCAUUCCUAGCCAAAAAAGAUAUCAAGGCUGCUGUGGUGGCAGACAAGGCCUUGGAAUGGAUAACCAACAACGGCAUCGUGGUCGACCGCAAAGGAAAUACAAUACUCCAUGCUGCCGCUGCUUUGGGGGUGACUGACGUGGUUCAGGAACUGCUAGAUUCUGCUCAGGUGGCAGUGGACGUGGAAAAUGACGAUGCCGAGACACCUCUUUACAAAGCCUUCCAAGCCGGUCAUACUGAUGUGAUUGAGAUUCUACUUGAUGGUGGUGCUAGUGCAUGCACAAAGACUCGACAAAACGUUACUCCUUUGCAUUGGCUGUUCAUGGUCCCGGAUUCUUCCAUUGAUCGAAUAGCAAAACUCAUGAUCAAAGGAGGCGCUGAUAUCAAUGCAGUCAUCACUCCCGUCGUGAAGGAAACCAGCGGUGGAUACCCAGAAAAGAUUCAGAUCUUCCACUAUCCAUUUGAACUUCCUCAUGGCACACCUCUUCACUGGGCCUGUUUCUUCAGGAAUAUGGCAGCUAUGGACGCUCUUCUCUCCCUUGGGGCCAACAUAAACGCGUGCUACCAUGGAUUAGAUGCAUCAUCAACACCGCUUGCAUUGACGGCCUACUUUGGAGAGCCUGAGAUAGCCCGAUAUCUGAUAUCUCACGGUGCAGACGGAACUCUGCUCGAUUCGAUGGGACGAAACACUCUGCAUGCAAUCACCAAAUACUUCCCUGACCGGCACGGCUAUCUACCUUAUCACUGGCAUUAUUGGAUCCGCCACGGACCGUGGGAGCAACAUUUGACAAACAUGACUGAUCUGGUGCAAGUCCUGAUCGAGGCUGGUGCAGACAUCAAUGCCAAAGACAAGGGGUAUCCUCCUUUAACCCCUAUCGCCGCCGCCGCCGAUCUGGGAGUCUGGGAUGGCGGUAUGAUAUGUGCCUUAUUAAAUGCAGGCGCUGAUCUUAAGGAAUCAAUACUAUCAGCCGGAGAUACAAUUCUUCAUUCCUGGGUGUCUAUCGUAGGACCCCGUUUGGAUUACCCCGAGGCCUACCUACCCACUCUCAAGAAGAUAGUCGAUGCCAUGCCAAACAUCGACAUCCGCAACCGGUUUCAAGAAGAUACCCCUCUCCACCUGCUAGCAACUACCUAUCAUCCAGAGGAUGAAUUCGAGGAGGCAUGUGAUAUUCUACUCAAUAACUCUACGCCAGUAGAUAUCAACACAAAAACCCGUCAUGGAGAAAUUCCGCUCUCCAUAGCCUUGGAGACAAAUCUCGAUCCGAUACGACGAGGCCGCUUCCUACUCGAAAAGGGCGCCGAUCCGCUCAUACUUCACGCCCGAGAGCGAGAUAUCUUCUAUUCGAUCGCCAAUAAUGUCGUUAUUACCGAUCAAGCCAGUUGCGACCUCAUUGAAACCUUCCUCCUCCGAUUGGGCUCGGACACAAAACAGGCAUACAAAAAGCACUAUCUGUCCAACGCCAAUAGUCACGAAACCCUCAUUGCGGCCGCAAGUCGCGGAAAGUCAUUAACAGUGCAACUCCUCCUCUCCGUCGGCCUAGUCAGUCACAUCAACAAGGCCGACACAUCAAAAUCUCCACCGUGGACAGCCCUUGACCAAGCCCUCCACUCCGCCGAGAUAAGUCGUCGUCUGCAUAUCCAACACCUAGCCUCUUACAAAGCAGGUGCAGCCAGGGCGAACGCACUCGAAGCAAAGCUCGUCUACGAUUCAAAUCAAGGCCCACCGACGCGGGCAGCGGAGGCGUAUCGAUGUUUUCCGGAAGUUAUUCGGAUUCUACGAGAUUCGGGGGCAAAGAGGACGUGUGAGAUUGAGAGAUUGUCAAAUGGGGAUUAUAUUAGCCAGCCGAGGGAGUGGGAUGAAGAAGAAAUUGCUCAGUAUGGGUUUACUCCGGAUACGCAGCCUAAUCGGGAGGUAUGGCAGGGGUUGUAUGAUUUGGCGAAGUAUAGUGGGCGAGGCUGGUUGGGUGUGUUGACUGGUGGAAGAUUUGGUAGUUGA